CAUCGGAUACCAAGAUUGCCCAUGAUACUAUUCUCUGCUAUCAUACUCAGUACUAAGUAAAUUCAUAUUUUUUUAUGCUAUUUAACAUUUGGGCAAAAAACCCUUUCAGCUUCCUCAAUCUAAAUAAUUUAUUUGACGAUUGACAAAACUAUGAGAUUACUAUUUUGUAAGGCGGGAUGUAAGAGCUGACAGAAUAUUUUUUAUUUCUUAUUUCUUAGCAUUAUGGGAAAAAUCUGAGCUUCAUAUUGCACCACUCAACACUCAUAAUUUAAUAGUUUAUACAUAAAUAUAAUAAAAUUAAAAAAAAAAAAUAACCUGGCCCAUCAAACUUGCAGAAAAGCCUUCAUGUUUUCCUAUGUCUGUAUCUCUGGAAAAUGUUGAAAAACCAUUUUUGUCUGAAAAGGAUGAAUUAUCGAUAAAAAAAAUGCAGCAGGACUCUUAGAAGUGCGCGUAGGCUUAGGCAGGAUUCGCCGCACAGCCUGUGAUGCGCAGGCGCCGCUCGCCUCGGGCAGUUCGAGCCAUGAGUCACAGCCGCCCAAAAUAACUUGGGAAUGGGCGCCGCCUACCGCCCGGGGCGGGCGGCUUGGUUGAGCUCAGUGGCAGCUGCGACGCCGCCGCAUCUAGAGAGCGGUCGAGGUGGAGCGCGCGAGCCUCGUAUUGACAGACGGGUGGUGGCGGCGCCGGCGCGGGAUGCGCCGCCAUGCCGGUACGACACCGCGAACUCGGCGACGAGCUCGCACCCCCGGAGCCCAAGCGCUGCAGGCACUGCGACGAUGUCGAAGAUAGAGCGAAGUGGAGGAGAAAGACGAGGCACGCUCACCGCAUCAUCAUAUCGAACUAACAGCCAGGAUGAGAGAGAGAGCCGUUCAUCGUGUGGCGGAGGCGGCGACUCGGAGGGUUCGGAGGGGCGUGCGUCUUGGCGUGUGACGCUGGACCACGACCUCGUGGAGACCCUGAGCGCCAUAUACCCCGAGUGGUUCAAGCCGCAGCACCGCCGGGAGCGCAGCCGCGCGGCGUCGCCGGUCUCACCAGCUUCGCCGCCGCGCACUCCCGCCACACCGCCCUCAGACGACACCUUUAGUUCUGGUGCGGAGGAGAUGGCCGGACGGCAGGCGAGCAGCAGCGGCGCUAGCGAGAUGCCGAGCUCACCGCGCGUCUCACCUCCUAAGGUGGUCGUCGACGACAGCCCCCUGCAACCAGCCAUGACCAAACACAAAGAAUCUUUAAAAGUUAAGCUGAUGAUGAGACGUCCCAUCAACCAGCUCGUGGCGCAAGGGAUCAUGCCGCCGUUGAAAACUCCUCCAGCCUAUUUCGAACAAUGCAAGCAACUAGAGAGGGCGAAAACUGGAGAUUUAUUAAAAGCAAAAAUACAGCGGCGUCCCGAUCGACAGGAACUUGAGAGGAGACAUAUACUGGAACAAGAGAGCCAUGUAGACCCCAGUUUAGCAGAGAAACAACGUAUGCUGAAGAAAGCACGUUUGGCAGAUCAACUCAACGACCAACUGUCGCACAGGCCUGGGCCCCUUGAGUUGAUAAAGAAGAAUAUACUACACACAGAAGAGACCAUAGAAACUGCUGUUAAGAGUGGAACUCUAGCGUUCAAGGCGACCAGUGAGGGUGCAUCUGGACGACCGCAACAUCCUUCCUCGUAUUGCGGACCUCCUGAGGAAGUAUCCCCGUCACCUUCGCCUCCGUCGACGUUAUCCCCCGUCAGUGUCGCGUCGCCGCCGCAACACCCGGCGCCCGGCAAGGAUAAGAACAGGAAGAAAAGCAAACAAAAACAGCAACCUAAAGCGAGAUUUAAAUUCCACGAAUAUAAAGGUCCCCCGAAUGCAGCGAAGGCAUCAUCACCUCCCGGUUCGGUGGAGACGCCGUACGAGCUGCUUCUACAGCAGCAACAGUUGCUGUUGCAGUUGAUGCUGCCCGCGUCGCCCGCGCCCUCGUCCGCCGCGUCCGUGGCGUCCGACUCGUCCGACGCGUACCCCGCGCCGCCGCCGCCGCCGCCCCUGCCCGUGUCCGGCGUCACGCUAGUCAGCUCCGCGCGCUUCGAAGAUAUGAAAGUCUCAGAUUUGCGAGCUGAAUGCAAACGACGCAACCUCCGAGUCUCCGGCCCGAAGCCACAACUGAUCGACCGUUUGCGCCCAUUCCUUGUGGAAAAACAGGAGGAACCGCCAAAAUCACCGGCCUCGGUCGCGUCGUUCGUAUCGAUGGCCUCUCCAGAAGUAAAAUUAGAGCCUGAGGCCCCCGAAGACAUCGUUCAGUCUCAGCGGCGGUUGAUCGAAGAAUUGGAGCGGAAGUUGGAAGCGUCUCGUCAGCAGUUAGAAGCCGUGCGUCGCGAGGCGGCGGGCGCGGCCGCCAGCGACCAGAGCCGGCGCCUGCUGCAGGCGCACCUGUGCGUGACGCAGCUGCGCGCGCAGCUGGACGCGCUGCAGCAGGCGCCGCCCGCGCCCGCGCCGCCGCGCUACGUGCUGGCCGCCUCCGACGCCGCGCCCGACCGCCUCGUGCGCCUCUUCACCGUCACGCCGCCCGCCGCAGCCGCUGACGUCGCCGACGCCACGCCGCAGAAAACCGCCAACCCUGCCUACAUACUGAACGGCGUUAAAGUAGUGCCCAUCGCCAUCCUGCCCACGGCGCACUACGAGCCCGAGCGCGCCGCCCCUCCGCCCCCGCCCCCGCCACCUCCUCCACCACCUCCCAUGCCGCAAAUUUCUCUAACACCGGACGUACACGAUGCCGAGAAUAGUCAAAUUAUGGAUGACGUCCUUGAGAUCCUUGUAGAGAACGGUGAAUUGCCACCUUCGGCUGUCGGUGAAGCAACAGUCACUCCAUCAUUGGAUACAAGUUAUGUUUCUAACGGACCGACCACGUUUGCUCCGACAGAUGUUCUCACAGACGACGUUCUUAACGACAAUCACGUCAGAGAUUCGCUCGCCGCAGAUGAAUUGCAGAGGGAACUUGAUGAUAUUCAAAAUGAAAUCAUGAAUCAUGCAGACUUGCAAGCCGUCAAUGCUAGCAAUCGAUGCCAAGUCGACUCGUCCACAACAGACAUAGAUACCGAUAUCACAGUGGAUUUGCUGUCUAAUGGGGAAUUUCACACUGAUUUUGGUUCAGAUCCCAAUUCUGUGGACAACGAUGACUUUUUCGGCAGCUUACUAUCGUGCGAUGGCGGAGACCGGAUAGAAGAUAAAUCACAGGCCAUGGAUAUCGGCGAGGACGUACCGGAAAGAAUGAGUAUGACUCCAUUAACGAACGGGGACAUAUUGGAUCACACACGAACCGGUUUCGAAUAUAUGGACGACUUGUCGUUGCCGUCGUUCCAGAACGAGGAGUCUCGGCACGACACGUUCGGCGAGCGCGCGUGCGAGUUCGACCUGAAGGAGUUCGGCAUCGACACCGCCGCGCACAUGACGGUGGACGGCGACGCGUGCGACUACAUGGACACGGAGCUCAUCCCCAACCUGUUCGGGCGCGGGCACGUGCCGCAGUGCGACCCGCUGCUGGGCGGCGUGGCGGCCCGCGCCGCGCCGCUGGCGCCGCGCCCGCGCAAGCACUACUCGUGGGACCGCAUCGAGUACGACGCCACCUGACCGCCGCCCGCCGCACAACUGCUUACCCUAUGAUCUCUCACCGCCUCUUGUCUCCGUGGCUCUACAUUUUCUCGCGAGUGACGGUUCCGUGUACAUAAGAGUGACCUCCAUCGACUAAUAGACGAUGUGUACGUACAGUAAAUGUAUCUUACUUCGGAUCGGUCGCUGCGGAGUGGUGACGAUCGAAGCGCUAGUCUACUCUCGUGACACGUUCUUCCAUAGUGUUGACUUUAUUGAAAACUAUAAGAGAUGUUGUGAAACACAAAGUGUUUACAUUUUACAUAGAACUGUAUGAUUUACUUUAUUAGUAUAUAAUAUAUAUGUACUUAAUGCUGUAUGUAACGUUUGUGUCGCUAGCUGAUAAUAGUUGAAUGUUUCAUUUAAUUCACUAGUGAGUGAUUGCGCGUCGCCGUCGCGUGCAGACAUACUUGGCUCACAUAAUACGAUAAGUCCGUUUUAUUUAAUAUUUAUAGGCAUAAUUAUUAUAAUCUACUUAUGUAUAUAUUGAGAUUAAUAAUACUCAACAUAGUUGUGGAUUUCUGCAUUCCGCCCGAUGACUAAAACUUAGGGAAAAAAUUAUCAUAAGAAAAGUUGUUUUUGUUUAGGCACAGUCAAUCUAUGAGUCACCUGGUCACGUACACAUUGUGUUAAUUAUAAUUAUACGAUAAAAAAGCUUAUGAUUGAUGUUGUGUCAAUUGUUAAAAUCGCUUCACGCUGUCCCUAGCGCAUGGAUAGCUAUUUCCCAAAUCAAUAAGUGACAUUCCAGUCUUGUUGAAGUGCAAAGUGUGGCACAAGAGCACUUGUCUCUCGCAUCAUGAUUAUUUUUUUAACAAUUUUGACCAAAUUAUAAAACCAUUGUUUAUAUUUCGUGAAAAUUGUAAAAUGUAGCAAAAUACCAGAGAACAAGGUGCACAUUCACAAGCCAUCGUCAUGGGUGGGACCAGCAUGGGAACAAUGUUAGAUAUGAAUUCAUUUAGAUAUCUUAGGGAGCCGGCUCCUCGCACUCAAGCAAUGAUGCAAGCACUCUCGUUAUCACUCGUUAAUCGUACACAUUCACUCUCUUCUAUAUAAAUACCUGCAGACCUUCGACGUUCUUCUAAAUAUAGUGUCAUUAUGUCUUGCAAAAUUAACUUCAUUAUUUGAUUUUACCUAGAGAGUUAUUUAAUUAUUGUAAUAACAUAACAUUCUUUGAAAAAUGUAUCAUUCCAUUAUAAUGUCUAGGAUAGGUGCGCCGUUAUCAAUAAGUUGUCGUUUGUACUCGAUUACGCAAUGGUUACUGACUGUUGCACAAUUAGUGUUUAUCUUAGUGACCCACAAACGACUGGACCAAUUUUGUUUAUGAGGCUUGAAACUGCCUUCACAAAGAGAUAGCUUACGUAAUCUAAAUUGCUUAUGUGCUUAAUGAAAGCCAUUAUGAAGUGGCACCUGUUACGUAGUCAGGAUUAAGUUAUUUGUUUAACCAUUAGCUCGUUAUUUAUUGUCCUUAGUACCGUAUAAAGUAAAUCUUAUAAGUAAAUCACAAAACAAUUUCAGUCUGCUUGCAUAAUUGUUUGAGUGUAUAAUUAUAACUUAUUUAUUUAUAAAGUCAAUCAAGUGUACUUACAGGUUUUUGUUUCUGUUGUAUUCAUUACUAUGUGUGAGUGUUUUUACUAAUGUAUUUUGUAUAAUAUCACGUGUUGUUUAUAGUGUUUACCUUUGCUUCAUCGGAGAAUGAUUAGAUAAAGCAAAAAUUGAGAAUCGAAAAUAUAUUGCCAUUUUUUGCAUUUACAAUUUAUUUAGUUUUUGAAUACUUGUUGCUACAACGAUUAAUUAUUGAUAACUGCCCUACACGUGCCAAUAAGUUCAAUAUCAGGCUAAACGUAUAUUAACGACAGUUCAAGCAGUAAGGUGGAUAUUUCCUAAAUUAUUGAAUGCGAUCAAGUUUUGUGUAUUGUGUAUCGACAGGUGGAUGAUUGGAUAGAUAUGCGCGUGUACUUUAUGUGAACACUGUAAUUUAUAACUCUGAAGUACAGUCGCAUAUGGGAUGGUGCUAUUAAAAGUUAACAUUGAAUUUAUAUAGAAAAAUAUUUAUAACUGCAUAAUUUGUAUAUUGGAUUUGUAUAUGUGUGGCUCUAAAUGUAAAAAUAAACAUGAUUAACAUUUUUACAUCAAUGUCGCUAGUUUCGGACUUCAAAAGUUGUCGAAAACACCGAGCCAGCAUGAUGCUGCGUUCAAAUUAAAAACAGGGCUCGCAAAUUGUAAUUUGCUUUAUUGUUUAAGUAAUAUUCCAUUAUCUAAGUGAAUUAUACGGAAUCUUUACACUAGAUUUAAAUAUGUAAAAUCUAUUUGCUCAUUAUCAAAAUUAUACCCAUAUUAGUCAAAUAUAUUCGAAUCAUGUAUGGAGGCGACUAUCAUGUCAUCUCCUAUAUUUAUAUUAACAGGCCUAGUGUGUUAAUUAGCUUUGUAUUCACUCUUCUGUAAGAGAUUAGUUUAAAUGUAUUUAACGAGAUACUAAGUGAGAUUAAUGUUUGAUAAAUAGCAUAUUAUCUGCAUACUUGUUAUUAUUGUUGUAAUUAUUUUAGGAGAGUUUUAAUAUUUGUUUGUAUACUAAGUUAUAUCCAUGCCGACUUAAAUAUUCUGCACCUAAUAUUUACGAUAGCUACCUAAUUUGCUCUCUGCAAAAAUAUUUAUAUUUAAUCAAUUGGCUUCUUUAAAGUUACUAAAUAUUGAUCACAGUUGAAUACAUUUUAACUGACUUACUAGAAAUAAUGUACCUUAAUAGUAAGCGAUAAAAGCAAUACCCGGCUUUAAGCCAUUGGUUUGUAGCAGAGCCAAGUAUUCAAUAAAUUUAAUAUAAUGUGAUAACCACAGGAGUCGGAUUUGUAGUAUAACUGGAUAGUUUUUUUACCUUGCCCUGUAAUGAAGCCUUGUAAAUAUGUAUCAAGCCUUUAUUAGCAUAAGGAGAGAAUGUUGAAUAAAAAGUUUUUGAGAUAAA